AGGAGACAGGCGAAAGGGAAGGCGCCGAGUGCCGAGAGGUCGAUGGGCGGGGGAUAAAUGUCUCGCUGGGGGUGAGCCCGCCAUUUUAGAUGAGGAACGAAACGAACGGCGCGGAGUGGGACAAGAGCCUGGAGGGAGCCGCCGGGAGGGAGUGACAGAGACCGCAUCAAUGGAGCACAUUCAGGGAGCUUGGAAGACUAUCAGUAAUGGUUUUGGACUCAAGGAUUCUGUCUUUGAUGGCCCAAACUGUAUUUCUCCUACUAUCGUCCAGCAAUUUGGUUACCAACGCCGAGCAUCUGAUGAUGGCAAAAUAUCAGAUACUUCCAAAACUAGUAACACUAUUCGUGUUUUCUUGCCCAACAAGCAGCGCACGGUGGUAAAUGUGCGAAAUGGGAUGACCUUACAUGACUGUCUUAUGAAGGCACUUAAAGUAAGAGGUCUGCAGCCAGAAUGCUGUGCAGUUUUUCGACUUCUUACUGAACCAAAAGGAAAAAAAGUGCGUUUGGAUUGGAAUACAGAUGCUGCCUCCUUGAUUGGAGAGGAACUGCAAGUGGACUUUCUUGAUCAUGUUCCACUCACUACACACAAUUUUGCUCGGAAGACAUUUCUAAAGCUUGCUUUCUGUGACAUCUGCCAGAAGUUCCUGCUAAAUGGGUUUCGGUGUCAGACAUGUGGUUAUAAAUUCCACGAACACUGCAGCACUAAAGUUCCAACCAUGUGUGUCGACUGGAGCAAUAUCAGGCAACUCUUAUUGUUCCCAAAUUCAAAUAUCAGUGACAGUGGUGUCCCUGCACUACCUCCCUUGACAAUGAGACGGAUGCGGGAGUCUGUCUCCCGGAUACCUGUUAGUUCCCAGCACAGGUAUUCUACACCUCAUGCCUUCACAUUCAACACAUCAAAUCCUUCCUCUGAGGGCUCCCUUUCCCAAAGACAACGAUCUACAUCCACACCAAAUGUCCAUAUGGUUAGCACUACGAUGCCUGUAGACAGCCGGAUAAUUGAGAAUAACAGCCUGAAUGCUUCUCCCAGUUCCUGGUGCAGACGAUUUUGUUUGAGGGGAAGAGAUGCAAUUCGAAGCCACAGUGAAUCAGCUUCUCCCUCUGCUCUGUCUGGAAGUCCUAACAAUAUGAGCCCCACUGGCUGGUCUCAGCCCAAAACCCCAGUCCCAGCCCAAAGAGAGAGAGCCCCUGGAUCCAAUACACAAGAAAAAAACAAAAUUAGGCCUCGUGGACAGAGAGAUUCCAGUUAUUAUUGGGAAAUAGAAGCAAGUGAAGUCAUGCUUUCUACCCGAAUAGGGUCAGGUUCUUUUGGAACUGUUUACAAAGGCAAAUGGCAUGGGGAUGUAGCAGUGAAGAUACUAAAGGUUGUAGAUCCAACCCCAGAACAGUUCCAGGCUUUCAGAAAUGAAGUGGCUGUAUUAAGGAAGACUCGGCAUGUUAAUAUUUUGCUCUUUAUGGGCUACAUGACUAAAGAUAAUCUGGCCAUCGUUACACAGUGGUGUGAAGGAAGCAGUCUGUAUAAACACCUGCAUGUUCAAGAGACCAAGUUCCAAAUGUUCCAGCUCAUUGAUAUUGCUCGUCAGACAGCACAGGGAAUGGACUAUUUACAUGCAAAGAAUAUCAUCCACAGAGACAUGAAAUCCAAUAAUAUAUUUCUUCAUGAAGGCCUCACAGUGAAAAUAGGAGACUUUGGUCUGGCAACUGUAAAAUCCAGAUGGAGUGGAUCUCAACAGGUGGAACAGCCCACUGGUUCAAUCUUGUGGAUGGCACCAGAAGUGAUACGGAUGCAGGAUAGUAACCCGUUUAGUUUUCAGUCAGAUGUCUACUCCUAUGGAAUAGUAUUAUAUGAACUAAUGACAGGAGAGUUGCCGUACUCCCACAUAAACAACCGAGAUCAGAUUAUUUUCAUGGUUGGCCGAGGGUAUGCUUCUCCAGACCUCAGUAAGUUGUACAAAAACUGCCCCAAAGCAAUGAAGAGGCUUGUAGCAGACUGUUUGAAGAAAGUUAGAGAAGAACGACCUCUGUUUCCACAAAUACUGUCAUCCAUUGAACUGUUGCAACAUUCUUUACCCAAAAUCAACCGGAGUGCUUCUGAACCAUCUCUGCAUCGUGCCGCCCACACAGAGGACAUAAAUUCUUGCACAUUAACAUCCACAAGACUACCUGUGUUUUAGGAUCGUGCUCCCCCUCUCUGGUUCUCUCCAGGGACAGGAAAGGAACAGAAGUAACAGAAGUUGUGCUUUUAAUGCCUCAGUGUACAGGAUCAGUGCCAGCAGCAUUAUCUGCAUCCCAGUUUUAAGAACAAGCUGCUAAGAUUUUUGCAGUUCUUAUCCUGCAGGGACACAGCUCCACAUUGCCUUUUUCUACAGUUUCUUUUACUGGGAUAGUUAACAGACUAUAAAUCAAGAGAUCUAUUACUAUUUUUCUAAUAGAUGCACUUGAGCCUUAUUUUUCCCAUACGCAGAAGCAAUGGAUGUUUCUUUGGCAGUGUUUCUGGAUUGAUUUGAAUCUGUUGAUAAAUCGGUAUUUUUUACAGCAAGGAUGGCUUGCCUCGGCGCUUGAGGAAAGACGAUGCAUUAUGGUGCUCCUUGAUUGCUCCAUGCCCUGUGCCAGUUCAGGAUGGGCGAGUUUUGCCUGAAAUGGGUAUCUGCAAACCAGACUGAGGGAAGAAGAAAAAACUUUCUGGAAAUCAGCUCCUGCGUAAGAGCUUUCAUCAAGCCAAUGAAAUAAGUUAAAAUGCUAAUUCAACACAAAAUAGUUUUUGCAAUAGUUUUGCACAUAGAAGAAAAACUCUUGCAAAAGAAUGGAAUAUAUUCUGAACUGUACUGCUCAGAGAAGGAAGCUAGCCAGUCUUGCUAUGGUCAUCUUCAGUAACGUAAGCAGCAGCUUACUUUGGUACUAUUGACUUGUUUCUUGCAUCCCAAAGUGCGGAAAGACAGGCUUUUGUGGCUGAGAAAAGGCUAAUUAACAUUAUCCAUAUACUUCUGCAAAAUGAGCAUAGUCUUCAUCCCAUCUGAAGCUGUCGUCCAAGAGAUGCACUAUCAAGAGGAAACUGAGCAUAUACAGUUUUUCUUGCUGAUUUGUGUUUUAAUUUUGUUUUUAUUGCUCCUGAGAAAAUGCAUUUAUUGUAAGCCAAGGUUCCUCUGAUUAUCUUAUUUUAAUAAAAUAAAUUAAAUUUUAGGUUUAAGACUCAAUGUCAUCAUUUAAUGUAGUAAUCCAUAGUUCUGACAUGUACAUCUAGAUUUGAAAAACUCAGAAAAUGACAUUCUGAAUAAUUUUUUUAAAGUUACGAGGAUAGGUAAUAGCAGUUCAAGUAAAAACACAACUUGAUAUGACAACCUAUAGGUUUCCAAUCACAUUCUUUACAAGAUGUUUUUUAAUCUACUGUAAUUAUCUUUCAGCAGCAUCUACUUGUUAAGAUGCCUACCCUAUCAAGCUUUUUAACUGAACCAUUUCCCCUCUGCAUUUUAUUUCCUGUGAACCUUGUUUUACUUAAAUAGAAGUGAGUGUUUUGCUGUCUUGGCUGAACUCUGCAGAUGACAAAAAAUAGGUGGCAAUUAAUUUUUUUAAAUAGCAUUCUGUUUAAAUAUGUUCAUUGGGGAACGAAUGGAAGCUUGGGAUUUUGUGUGUUUCUCUGUGCAUGCAGUUAAGUACAGGGCUCCUAUCUGAAUACACUGCUGAGGUAUAGUGAGUGAGGAGACAAGAUGGCUGUAACCACUGUUAAUCAAUCUCAACUGCUGCCUGAAAUUCAUCAGACAAAAUACUUCUGCUGUGAAUUUUGACAGCUUACACGUGCAACUCUUAACUGCCUGUAGUGGCCAAAUAGCCAUUUCAGCUUCUUGUUUGCAGCAAGCAAAAAACCCACAAAGCACUUAUGAAAGGGAAGAGAGGAACUUGAAGUACGUAAGCUUGACACACACUUAGAAAAUAAUAUCAAGACCGUUUGUCCUCAGAACACGUAUAAUAUUGGAAGAAAGAAGGGUGGAAUAUUAAUCCUUAGGUGAUAAUUGAACAUGACCAUAAAAUUUGCUUGCUAAAAAAGUAAAUUGAGGGUUGAUGGAAACUGUUCCAUAGAGUUCUGCAUGAUUCUUAAUACUAGUCUUGGUAUUUUAACUGCAGCCCUCUCUAAACAUCAUUUAUCUCUCAUUUUACCUUCAUCUGAAUAUGAAAGAGUUUAAGAGGGGGGGAAAAAGGAGAAAUGGUAAGCUGCUUUUACUUUAUCUCUAAUUUCCAAAAAGAAAACAUUAACACCUCAUUUUUAAAACAGAUUAUAUGUCGCUUGGAAAAUGAAAAUAUUUUUGACAAAUAGGCUUAUUUUGACCAGCACUUGAUGUCAAAUUAGAUGAAAGCUGGUAAGUGAAGAAUUGAAAAGGUCUAAAUUUCUAGGUCUUACUGCUCUUACAUUAAAACUCAUCUUCAUGUUGUUCCUAGGUAGCUUUGAAAAACAAGUUAUCUUUUUAAUUUCAGACUAUUGUUACCUGGUUUAUGUCAUCUUGGGGCAAAGUAAAUCAGAAUGUCUUGUUUGAGGCAAAGAACAUCCUCUCCGUUGACUACGUUUUGGUAUAUUUUAUUACUGACAAUAUUUCUCUCUGAAAAAAAAAUAUGUGCAAGAUCAGCUAGAAACAAGCAUCCACAGGGAGGCUAAGGGGUGGAAGUAUUUUGUGUUAGAAACUAUGCCUGGGCAGGUGCUCUUGAACAUUCAUCUUGGAGUACUCCAUCUCUCUUAGGGAUACGUUAUUUUCCUUCACCUUUGUACUUAGUCAUGAAUAAUUACACUAAUAUGAUGACUUACAGGAAUAAGACCUUCACUGGUACCUUCACAUGCUGAUUUUAAAAAAGAAGCUGAUGUGUAUGUGGUUAUACAUACUACCGAGAAGCCAAGGUCUGACUUCACAGUAAGUGUUGUUAAAAAUUAACUUCAGAGUAGAAAUAAUUGUGGAAAAGUUACAUUUCCUAGGUCGGAACAGAGAGUAAAAUUUGCACGUUCAAUUUGAGGAACCGUUGGCCAGCAGGGGUGGGGCAGUAUUUUCAUCCAGGACAUUCUCAGGGUCAGUUUUGACCCAGAAACACAAAUGAACAGAUGAAGUGGCUAAUCCUGGUGUCGCUAAUUUGGUGCCAUUUAAAAAUGUUUGCAUCCCAGAUUAAGGUUCCUGCUGUUUGUUUUAGGCCAGUGACCCAGAUCCUCGUCUUUAGCCAUCAAAGCAGCACGCUCUCUGCCUUGCUAACAUAAGGGAAUUUGCACAAGUGUCUCUAAAUAUACUUUGCUUCACAAUACAAAUAACUUAUGUCAUCUCAACAACCAAGCUUUCAGAAAUGCUCAAACCUUUAAGCACACAAGUGACUUCUCAAGGGUAAGCAGUCUUACCCUCAAACUAUCUGUUAAAUUGGCCCUCUACUUAUUUUAAAAGAUCGUAUACCUCACCCCUCCUGGGCCUUUAACCUUGCUGUCCUUAAUCUGAAAAAGGCAAAUGGGUGGCUGGCGAGAGAGAGAACUCCCAAGAGCGGCUGCAGCCACCGUGAAUCUCAGGUAGGUGGGCAAGGGUGGAACCUCUGCCAGUGCUCUUUGGGAGGCUGCUGGCAACCGGGGACGGGAGGUGCCUAGAAAUGGGGCUGUUCUAAGGCUUCAAAAAGGCAUCCCACGCAGCGCUAGAGGCACCUGUGGGUGGGAAGACCAAAGUAUUGGCCAUGUGGCUAAGAAAAACAGCAGUAAAAACUAAUUGUUUCUUUUGUAGAUGAAAUUAUUUAUGCUGUAGAGUUAUAAACUGUAAGAUCACUGGCAUAAGGAGAUCAAAAAAUUAUUUAGUUAUUUCAUUUAAUUUUGACUACUUCAUUUAACCUGAAUCAAGCUUUCCCUUCCAGUUAAAUACAUUUGAACUAGUUAAAGAAAAAUGUACCUAUUAGUGUUGCAGUGACCACUGAAACCAACUACUUACUCUCAUUCUCCAGUUUCCAAAAUCUGCCUUGUGCUAUAAGUUUUUAAUUUAAUUGCCUCCACUAUUGCUCUGCCUGAAUAUAUUCAUCAGCGCAGUUGUAUUUGCUUUACGAGGGGUGCACUAGGAGAUGCUUCCUGCCUCUUAUACACUGUAAUUAUUUUAAAACAAGGGUGGGAACUUGACUGCAACAGGCUUUGCAAGCCAGGCCCCACUGGGGAAAUGCUCACUGUAGGGGUAUGGUACAGCUCGAUUCUGAACUCUAGGUACUACUGUGAGGUACAGCACGUUAGUUCUUAAAUACCCUUUUUAAGGAAGAAAUAGCUACACUGACCAUUAUUCAAGUGGGGUCUUUGUAGAUAUGCUUUCAGUGGAAAAAA